UCUUAUUGUCGGAGUAAUGAGUUCUUGCAUGUGAUUUGGGAACAGGCAGGUUGUAAAGUGAAUGUGUCCUUUGCAGAUAGCCGGGCUCUGGCUGUUGGGGGGAUGGGUGCUGACCUCCUUCCUCGCAGCAUCCUGCAGCAGUAUGAUCUCCGCAAGGAUGUGUGGGCGCUACUUCCUCCCAUGCCCACUCCACGUUAUGAUGCCAACACACAUCUGCUCGGCAACAAACUCUACGUUGCUGGGGGUCGACAGUGUAAGAGACCAGUGAAGGCUUUUGAGGUGUAUGACACAGAAUCACGUUCCUGGACUUCAUUACCCAUCCUGCCCUGUAAGCGCACAUACGGGGGUGUCAUAUGGGACUCCGCUGGAAGGCUGUGUCUCCUGGGAGGUCUGCGACAGGGCGGAGGACACCAAAGCUCCAAGUUCACCAAGAACGUUAACAUCUUUGACACCAAUCAAGGCACCUGGCUGAAAUCGGAAGAGACGGUGACUUUGAAAACAAAGAGAGCAGACUUUGCUGCCGCCUUCCUGCGUGGUCGCAUGGUGGUUGCAGGAGGACUCGGCCACCAGCCUUCAGCUUUGGACACAGCAGAGUCUUUCCAUCCCCAGAAAAAGAAGUGGGAGAGGUUGGCUCCAAUGAACUUCCCCAGAUGCUCCGCCUCCUCCAUUGUCAUUAGAGACCGCCUCCUAGUGGUGGGAGGUGUCAACCAGGUUCCCAGCUCGGCCCAUGAGAUCCUCUACGUCAAAGAAGAAGAGUAUCUGUAGCCUGCAGCGACAGAGACCAGAUGAUUGUUGCAGAUCACUGAUUCCACUUCCUCCUGUCUGAUGGCUCGUCUGAAUCUACUGUAGUUUUGUAAAAGCAGUCCAAUAAACACAGUUAGGGUGGUGGGGACUCCAGUUAUCACAUGCAAUGUUACAGGUCACACUGCCCCCUGCUGGGCGUAGCCAAGCUUCACUUUAGCACACCUUACACUGGGAAGCCAAGGAGUCAGUCCAUGGUGGAGGCUUGUUUUGUGACAUAUUUGCUGUGAUUAGCUUUGAUUCACAAAAUGUUUCAUUCAAGGAGCCAACAGAAAACUGUGUGUGUGAGUGUGUGUGUGUGUGUGUGUGUGUGUGCGUGUGUGCAGGAGGUGGAAACGUGUUAAAUAUCAGACAGAUGACUUCCAGGACGAUUGUUCUCUCACAGCAAUAUGACUAGUGAUGAUUCAGCGCUUUCUUUGUUCUUGUAGUUUUUUUUACUUCUUCAGCACUAGACUGUUUCCUGUACUGUGGGACUAACCUUCCUUUUUCUAAAACGUGAGUAAUCCUGUUCUGUGUUUUUGAGUCAUGACUCCAUUACCAGUUAUUUGACACUGUAGUGCUCCUCACCGCCACCAGAUGGCAGCAAUAAUACAUCAGUCUUCCCUCACAUAUUCAGACCAUGAGGGGGACCAGAUGCAAAAGGACAACCUGUGAGACAAAAGGUGUUCAUGAAGGACAAUGCUGGACAUGUCCCUCCCUAUACAUAUACACAUUUAUUUUAUAAAGGCUGGGGGCAUGCUGACUAAGAUUUUAAAAGUUGGAGAUGAUCUGUUAUUUCUGUAAGCAGCUCUGCUUACUGCUCUGUAACGGAAUCUGACCAGAUCAUUCAGAUUUCACUCAGCAUUUCUGGUCUUAUUGUAAUUAUGUUUUCACUGUAAAUCUAGAUAAACAUCUGCAAAACAAAA